AUUUGUCAACCUGCGGCGCCAUCGGAGCCCCGCGGCCCUUUCGGUAACUUCUGCCAUGAGGUCACCUAUCUAGGAUGUCGCCAAGCCCCUCAUCUUGUUUCAACUGCUACAGUGCAGGUGCAUACGCGUUCCAUUGCGGUGGAUCACAAUAUCUGAGAUUGUUUAUUGCAACAAAUUACGCACGCAAGGAUGGUAUACCGCGGUAAACUCUCGCCCAAUUGUGAGCCAUGCCGCGCACGGGGAACAAAGUGCGAUCUGGCUCGCACGGGAUGCUCACAAUGCUCCAGGCGUGGAAUUGUUUGCCAUGGCUACCGGGAGGUUUCUGGACUGCGCGUCGUUAAUGAAACCGAUCGGUUUUCUCGGAAGGCCAUUCGUGCAGGACAUCAGUAUGGAGGUGAUUUUGGGAGACAGGUUCAGCGCCAACGCAAAAUCGUUCAGUCAUUGCCUGUUAGCAUACUACAACCCACGCUAGAAGACGUAGCGAAUAGUUUUUUCUUCACCUCUUUUGUUCCAGGCAGCCACUUUGGUUAUCUCCCGAUCGUUAGUCAUGCCACUGCGCUUGCGAACCCUCUUACGGCAUGCAUUCGUGCUGUCGCGGUGGCGAGUUUCGCCAGCGAGCAACAGAAUCCGAGUAUGAUGAAGGCAGCUCUGAAGCAUUAUUCUAUUGCGCUUCGUGAGACUCAACCCACUAUGACAUCAUCAUCAAGCAUUGCAGCUCAAGACAGCACUAUCAUUUGCGUUUUACUUUUAGGGCUUUUUGAAGCCCUAUGUCACAAAGGCCAGGCAAAUCCACACAAUUAUACCACGCAUAACGCCGGCGCUCUAGCGCUCCUGGAACUGCGCGGCCCGGAACUCGUUCAGACGCAAAUCGGGUAUCAGCUAUUUCUCCAAGUCAGUAGUAAUAUCCGUGUCAGCUGUAUUGUGCACCAAAAGCGUACGCCGCCACGUCUUCUCUCUUUGCACCGACGAAUGGCUCCGUUUAUCGACCCAGCAGAUCCCAAAGUACGGUUUUUCACUAUUCUCGACGAUUUCGCAGAAUUACAGGCUGUAGUUCUCGAAAACGGUAUUAGUGGCUCACUUGAAGUCGCAUUUUCUGCAUCACGCCUUGAUUCCCGAUGUGAAAACAUGAUGUCUACUAUAUAUGACUCGUCUCUUUACACUACUCACAUCUCUGACCAUGAGGUUGCAUUUGGGUAUGGGCGAGAAUGGCACCAGUAUCCCGACGCACAUAUAGCACAAUGGUGGAAUUCAGUGCGUCAGACACGUAUAUAUCUGAAUCAAAUAAUCUUAAAUCAGCUAGACUCAGCGAUAUACGAAGAUGCUGAAAUUGAAUCUGACUGUCUGGAUAUGCAACUAGCCGCUAUAGCUACAACACAGCAACAGGCUGCCGACAUCUGCGCUAGCGUUCCACAGUUCGCCCAGGCAAUUCACGAAAAUCGGUUACAGUCUAAUGUGGCUGCAUUAACACUGGUAAGCCGGCUGUUUUUCCCUCUGUGUACCGUGGGAAUCUCAUCUGUUGUGCCUGAUUCAAUGAAACGUUAUGCUGCUCGGUCGCUGUGGUUUCUAGGCACUGCAGCCAAAUUUCCACAAGCUGUAGAGGCUGCGAAAAUGAUUGAAGACAAGUCAUUGGAUACUAGUUGGGUACAUAUUUUUCAUGUUUAAGUUUGUAGUAAUUGUUUAAUAAAUUAAUUUGAAUAUAAUGAGUUGUAUCCAACUUUUGUAC